AUGGCCGGGGUUCAGUUUGACAGGAACGACAUAAUUUGGAUCAAUAAAAGUACUGCUCUGCCUCAAGUCACACAGUCCCUUUUGACGCGGUUCCAAAGCAUUCUCUGGGCGUGGGAUGGAGAUGAUCUCGAGAAAGACAUCACAGGAGUCACACGCCGGGCAUGGAACCUCCUCGACAUCAUCUGUCGGAUCCUUGAGCUUGCUCAAAGUCACUAUGAACCUUCACCCGACACCAUGCGAAACCUGGACGUGUGUAGGAAUAUUAAUUUACGAGCGAGAUCAUCCAAACACAAUCAUCCCUGGGAAGGUCUGCAGAAUGCACUGCACUUCACGCUCACCGCUGCCAAAGCGUCUCGGGACCCUGCCAACUUGUGGGAUUACUCGAAUUCAAGUUUCAAGAUAGGCGAUUCCCACUCGCCAAAAGACUUUGACUGGCUGGUGGACUACUACCUCGACAUCUAUUCUGACGACCAGGAGGUAGCAUUUGACAUCCUUUAUCUACUCGGUGUCAUGAAAGUGCGCUGCAGCCCUGCUAAACAACAUCAAUACAUCAAGAGCCUCAUCGCCUGCAUGGGCAGCAACAUGCCUGUCCAUUUGCGUUAUGCCGCUCUUCAUGCUACUCACUUUGUCCGAGAAGAAAUCGUCUCGAUUGAUGACAUUGAUGCGAAGCUGCGGGACACGGUUUUGACCAAGUUAUCCCCCGCUAUCCUGACUACGUGGCACCCCCAUUUGUUUAGGGAUCAUCAUAUAGAUCGGUACAUUAGCAUGGUCGGAAAGUACUGCGAAUCAUCCUCGCUGCAUCCCUUUUACCUAUCUGGCGUCCUCCUCCGAAUCGCACCUGAACAGUUGUCGAUUACGCCGUUCGAUGCUAUCACAGAGCAGCAGUGGAGGGAUAUGAUGAUAAUGGCAUGGUACCGUGCCGACUCUGGAAUUGUAAUUGACGACAAACACUGUUUCGAGUUCCUCCCCGUCCUUGUGGAAGGCACGAAGAGGCAUAUGCAGAUCGCGUCGGAAGAUGAUCUCAGGAGGGUCGUUAACUAUGUGGGUGAUGUUCUUGACGCACGAGGUUCAGAGCAGGGAGAGGGAGAGAGUGUCGUCGUUGCUAUGAAAGAGUUGAGGACUGUAGCCAGCGAUAUGCGUGAGAAGUUGGUCAGCAGUAAAGCCUUGGGUUAUUAG